AUGGCGGCGGCGCUGUCGGGCCUGGCUGUCCGCCUCUCGCGCUCGGCCGCCGCCCGCUCCUAUGGGGUCUUCUGCAAGGGCCUGACCCGCACGCUGCUCAUCUUCUUCGACCUGGCCUGGCGGCUGCGCAUCAACUUCCCCUACCUCUACAUCGUGGCCUCCAUGAUGCUCAACGUGCGCCUGCAGGUUCACAUCGAGAUCCACUGA